AUGUUUCAUGAGUUUCUAUAAGAGUUAGGCACAUUGAAAAAUGCAGAACUUCCCUUCCCUUUCCGUAACUAAUUCAAAAUAAAGGAGAAUUUCAUUAAUCCUAAUAGUAAACAUUUUGAAUCCAUAGCCUAAAAGUUUAGAAAUCAUUAAUAUUGUUUUAGAUUAUUAUCUGAGGAGAAGGCUGGAAUCAAACGUAAGUGGGACAAACAAUGCAAAAUGAUGUUUAUCUGGAUAUUGGGUAAAUUCUUUUAACUCAAAAACAAAAAGACCAUAAAUCCAAACAAGGAGGAAUGGAUCUAAUUGGCAUCUAUACUUUAGAUUGAUGAAACUACACUUAAAUAAAGAUGGAUUACUUUGAUCAAUCCAGUUUCCAAAAGUAUCAAUUGGGAUCCAGAAGAAGAUGAAAUCAUUAAGUCACUCAUGCAUGAGUAAGAUGAAAAACAUAUAUGGACACACAUUGCACUUGAAUUAUAUAAUCAAAAUAAUGGACAAUUCAUUAGAACACCCAAAUAAGUUAGAGAAAGAUGGAUGAAUUACUUGAACCCAAAACUUAAAAAAACGAAUUGGAGCCAGUAAGAAGAUCUUCAAUUAUUAAACACAGUUGUCAAAAAUGGCAAGAGAUGGUCCCUUAUAUCUACUUUGCUUGAAGGCAGGACAGAGAACUAAGUCAAAAAUAGAUUUAAAAGUUUAAUUUAGAAAAUAUAUAAGGAUGAAGAAGAUGACGACAUUGAAGAACUCCAGGCUAUUAAAGAAUACUUGAAUAAAUAAAACAUAGAAGAAGAAGAAGAACCUCAAAAAGAAGAACCUUAAGUUCGAACUCAAUAUUCAAGAUAAGCAAAAUUAAAAUUUAAUCUAAGAGAGAAAAAAAAAGAAUUAAUUCAAGAACCUCCCCUAAUAAUGCCUCAAGAACCCUAAACCAAAAGGAGGAAAAUAAGUUCGCAAAUAAAGGACUUCCUAAACAUAGGCCCAGAUCCUAUAGUUUAACAUUCAUAAUAAGUAAAAUAAACUCAAAAGACAAAACAUAAGGAAAAUAAAUCUAAAUAACAAAUAUAACAAUAAUAAUAAUAAUAAUAAUAAUAAUAAUAAUAAUAACAAUAACAAUAAUAUAAUACAAGAUAACAAUUAGAAUAAAUUAUCAAUAGAUAAAAUGAUGAUUAAUUAUUGGAUCAAUCAUCUUUCCAACUGGAUUAAUAACAAAAAAUCCUUUCCCAAUAAUAUUAAAUACCCUAAUUAUCAUUAAAUGAAAACAAUAAGAGAGACUUAUCUACUCCAAACACCUUAUCUUAUUAUUUUUAACCAUAACUCCAAUAAUUGGAAGAAUUGAAGAAUGAUCAAUUCAGAUUAAAAUAAGUAUAAAUGUCUCCUGUUCAAUAAUAAUAAAACCAAGUACUUUAUUAAGGUUUUCGACCAUAUCAAGAGGAAAUUUCUUAAUAAAUCCAAUAGACUCCUGUCUAAAUGUUAAUGGGACAAUAUUUUAAGAAUUAUCCUUAAAAUUAUAAUCUUAUUUCCCCAUUUUAAUAAAUCAACUAAACACCUAUGGUUUACACACCUGCACAGCCAAUGUACAUGUACAAUAACAACAACAAUGCCUAUAUGGGAAUGUCACCAUUACUCAUUCGAAGUCCAUACCAAGACAUGUCACCAAGUGUUUAACCUUAAUAAGCACCUCUAUAGUAGUAGUAGUAGUAGAAUCUAUGGCAAACUCCACAAUAGAAUACUAUUGAAUAGAUGCAAUGUGAUUAGGUAAAGCAAUAAUAGUUUUUACAUAUACAUAGUAAUUAGAAUACAAAUUUGGAAUUUCUAAAAUCUAACAAUUUACUUAAUACAUGGAUUUAAAAAAGAACUAAUGAAAAAUAAAAUCAACCAUUUUAAGACUCAUUACCAUAACUUGAUUAAUGAUAUAUUUAAUGUAUUAAAUUAAAUUAUAUAUAUCAUUAAA